AUGGAAUGGUUAUCAUAUGUUGUGCUGGCUGGUGCCACACACCCCCACCAGUACAAACCCUUUUGUGAAGGAUGGGGCUGGCUGACAAGACAAAACCCUACCUUCGCCAAUUCACCACAACCAUUUUUUUUUUCUACCGUCCGUCCGUUCGUACUCGCUCUGUCCUCCCCCUCUUCGAUAUCUUACCAGGUUCAUUCCAGCGUGAAUUCUUCUCUUCAACAUCCAGGAACAUUGAACAUUGUUUUCUUCUCUUCAAUCAUUUUUCCGCUCGGUAGAAUUGGACAUCCAGGAAAAUUGUUUUCUUCUCUUCAAUCAUCUUUCCGCUCGGUAGAAUUGAACAUCCAGGAACAUUGUUUUCUUCUCUUUAAUCAUCUUUCCGCUCGAAUUGAACAUCCAGGAACAUUGUUUUCUUCUCUUCAAUCAUCUUUCCGCUCGGUCCGCUCGGUAGAAGACAUCCAGGAACAUUGUUUUCUUCUCUUUAAUCAUCUUUCCGCUCGAAUUGGACAUCCAGGAACAUUGUUUUCUUGUCUUCAAUCAUCUUUCCGCUCGGUAGAAUUGAACAUCCAGGAACAUUGUUUUCUUGUCUUCAAUCAUCUUUCUCGCUCGGUAGAAUUGGACAUCCAGGAACAUUGUUUUCUUGUCUUCAAUCAUCUUUCCGCUCGGGACAUCCAGGAAGUUUUCUUGUCUUCAAUCAUUGAACAUCCAGGAACAUUGUUUUCUUGUCUUCAAUCAUCUUUCCGCUCGGUAGAAUUGGACAUCCAGGAACAUUGUUUUCUUGUCUUCAAUCAUCUUUCCGCUCGAAUUGGACAUCCAGGAACAUUGUUUUCUUUGUCUUCAAUCAUCUUUCCGCUCGGUAGAAUUGAACAUCCAGGAACAUUGUUUUCUUGUCUUCAAUCAUCUUUCCGCUCGGUAGAAUUGAACAUCAGGAACAUUGUUUUCUUGUCUUCAAUCAUCUUUCCGCUCGGUAGAAUUGACAUCCAGGAACAUUGUUUUCUUUUGUCUUCAAUCAUCUUUCCGCUCGAAUCUGAACAUCCAGGAACAUUGUUUCUUUUGUCUUCAAUCAUCUUUCCGCUCAUCGGUAGAAUUGAACAUCCAGGAACAUUGUUUUCUUGUCUUCAAUCAUCUUUCCGCUCGGUAGAAUUGGACAUCCAGGAACAUUGUUUUCUUGUCUUCAAUCAUCUUUCGGUAGAAUUGACAUCAAGGAACAUUGUUUCUUUCUCAAUCAUCUUUCCGCUCGUUAGAAUUGGACAUCCAGGAACAUUGUUUUCUUGUCUUCAAUCAUCUUUCCGCUCGGUAGAAUUGAACAUCCAGGAACAUUGUUUUCUUUGUCUUCAAUCAUCUUUCCGCUCGGUAGAAUUGGACAUCCAGGAACAUUGUUUUUCUUUCUUCAAUCAUCUUUCCCCUCGGGGACAUCCAGGAACAUUUUUUGUUCUCAAUCAUCUUCCUGCUCGUUGA